AUGCCAUCGAAAUCGACCCAGGUUGACGAGGACAUGAAUGUGGAGCAGUUUGAGGAGAAGCCGCCAGAGGCCAUGCUGCACACCAUGUCCAUGGAUACGUCAUGCUACACAAGCUACGGCCUGUGCGCUGAUGAUGCGGAGGAGAAGCCCUACGUGGCAUCAAUGGGCAUCUACGUCUUCAAAAAGAAGGCCCUCCUUGACCUGCUGUACCGCGAGUUCCCUCAUGCCGUGGACUUCAGCCGAGACGUGCUUCCCGCAGUCAUAGGGGAGCGCCGCAUCGUGGCAUACCCACACACCACGUACUGGGAGGACGUGGGCAACCUCAAGGACUACUUCCAGGCCCACAUGGCACUGGCAAAGGGGACGCUGAAGCUGCAGCUGUUUGACAAGACGCACCCCAUCUUCACGUCCGCCCGCACCCUGCCGCCCACAAAGGCGCGCACCUGA